CACCAACCAACCUCUGCACGAUAUAAGUAGGGGUUGAAUUCAGAGGAAGACAGACAGUUGUGAGGGUUUCAGGUGGAGAUCUCUCUUUCUGUCUCCCAUUCUCAAGCUCUGUCUCGAUAAUCCAUGGCUCCUUCCAAGCUCAAUCCCAAUGAGGGCCUAUGAAGCUGUCAACCUUGAGUGCUGUUUCAUAUGAAGGGUGGGGUGAUAAAAAAACUUUGUCUGGGCAGGGAGAUGCCAGUGUAUCAUGUUCACAGCCAGAGAAUGGUUUAAUUGAUCUCUUCAAUUCUGAGAAGGCAGUUCAGGAGCUUCUUCAACAACCUCCUGUUCAAGGAAUUGAUGAUCAUCUUAUAGAGUUCUCGGAGGCUCUGAGAACUGUUGCUAAGGCAUUAAGACGAGUGUCUGAAGGAAAGGCUUCUGCUCAAGCUGAGGCAGCUGAAUGGAAGCGUAAAUAUGAAUUAGAGAGGGCACGGAAUCUGCAAUUGGAGCGUAAAGGCGACGGAAUUUGUACAAAGCUUCAAAGUUGGUGGACUCAGGCAUCUCCAGAUAAUGCAAUGGGAAUAAUAAAACUAAUUCUUCCAUGUAUUCUCUGCUGGGAAAUUUGGAAAGAACAGAAUAGGAGAGAGCUGUCAUCUGGAGAGCAUAAUGGUGAUUGUAGUGCAGAGAACUUGACCAACCAACCAAUGAUGUGCAAUGAAGCUAGGAAGCAAUCUGAAAGGUGUUGUGGGAAGCAUGGAAUUUGUUCCCAUGAGGUCCUUCAUAAUGGGGAAAUUGAUUCUGACACUGAGAUGGUUAACAAUAAGUUUAUGAGAAAGGCAUCUUUUAAACUUUCAUGGUGGUGCAAAGGAGAGAAAAGUGAUCAGCACAAGCAUGAUAUUGUCUCGUUUGAAAGAGGAAACAUAACAACUGCAGAGCGCAGCAGUAAGCAGAUUUCUUUGAAGUGGGAAUCUCACCCACAGACUGUGCUCAUUUUGACCAAACCAAAUUCAACUUCUGUUCGAAUUCUAUGUGCAGAUAUGGUCAGAUGGCUUAGAGAACAGAAAAAGAUGGAAAUUUUUGUGGAACCACGUGUUAAAGUUGAACUUAUGACGGAGUCACCUAACUUCGACUUUGUACAAACUUGGAAAGAUGACAAGGAAACUUUGCUCCUGCACACAAAUGUUGACCUUGUUGUAACUCUCGGUGGGGAUGGAACUGUCCUUUGGGCUGCAUCCUUGUUCAAAGGGCCAGUUCCUCCUGUAGUCCCUUUUUCUUUGGGCUCUCUGGGUUUUAUGACUCCAUUUCAUUCUGAACAGUACAGAGAAUGCCUUGAUUCGAUCCUAAGGGGUCCUUUUAGUAUCACAUUACGACACCGGUUGCAGUGCCAUGUUAUUCGAGAUGCAGCUAAAAGUGAAUAUGAGAGCGAAGGACCUAUUCUUGUUUUAAAUGAGGUUACAAUUGAUCGUGGAAUAUCAUCAUUCCUGACAAAUUUGGAAUGCUAUAGUGACGGCUCAUUUGUCACAUGUGUGCAAGGAGAUGGAUUGAUCUUGUCAACAACAUCUGGAAGUACUGCAUAUUCCUUGGCAGCUGGAGGAUCAAUGGUCCAUCCCCAGGUUCCUGGCAUCCUGUUUACCCCAAUCUGCCCACACUCCUUAUCCUUCAGGCCUCUGAUAUUACCUGAGCAUGUAACGCUUCGUGUACAAGUGCCUUUCAAUAGCAGAGGCCAUGCAUGGGCAUCAUUUGAUGGCAAGGACAGAAGACAGUUAGCACCUGGAGAUGCACUCGUUGUCAGCAUGGCCCCUUGCCCUGUACCAACAGCAUGCCAAGUUGAUUCUACCAGCGACUUCCUGCGCAGCAUCCAUGAUGGCCUUCACUGGAACUUGAGGAAAACCCAGUCCUUCGAGGGCCCUCGGGACCUAUAACUUCUCUCUUUUCCAGAAGAAAGUUAAAAGCAAUUCUCUCUAGAAUCUAAUCCCAUACUGACUCAGCUCCUCAGCACCUUAUUAGGGAGGGAGGGAGGGAGAACCACUAAAUUGGUAAUAAUUUCAUUUUUCUUACUAUUAUUAUUAUUAUUAUUAUUAUUAUUAUUUUUCUUUUUCGUUAGUGAAGUAUAGCUGUUCUUGUAUAUUUAUGUAGUCAUUGUGGGCAGGAUGAAGGACAUUAUUAGUAUUUAGAUUGUGUUUAUAUGUAAUUGAGAUGAAUAGUCAGUGCUUUAUGUGCUGGAACUGUGUUGUAGCAGACAACCCCAAAAAGGGCAGGUACAAGAAAAUUAUAUCAUUUCUUUCACAUUCCAUAUUUA